AUGUUGUCCACCACCACUCUCGCCCUGGGCAGAGAAUACAAGCAAGCCUCAAGCCUGGCUUUACUCAAAAAGAUGUGGGAAAAUCGCGAGCAAGGCGACGUCGACUUCCGCAUCAAGUGCAACGGAUGCGCUUGGAAAGUUCAUCGUUCAGUCCUGGCUGCAAACAGCGAGUACUUUGCAGAGCUCUUCUCUGCUCCUCAGCCCAAGGGCACUUAUCUCACCAUGAUCGAGCUCGAGCGCUGCCACGAUGACAGCGAUGCAGGUCGCAUUGACCGCUACGAUCCCAAGUACAUCGAAGAAGUCAUCCACUUCUUCUACAAGUUCAGCAUCUCUCAACGCGUCACGCAGUUGCCUGCAUACGAGCGUCUCUGCUUCCUCGCCAAAGUCCACCGCACCGCUACCCAGUUCCGCGCUCCUGACGUGGUGAAGGCCUUGACCGCCAUCAUGGGCGACUGUCUUCCUCAAUUCAACGGCAACAAACAGCAGGUCAGUGGUCCCUUCUUGAACGAUUUUGCCAAGCUUUGCCGCUGGGUCUUCGACCAGCCAGACUUCCCUGGUCAUGUUUGGCAGCUGAAGCUGUACCUCAUCGAGUACUUGAAGGCACACAUCGCCUUCUUGCUUCAGUCGAAGGAGAUGUGUGAGAUGCUGCGUGACUGCAUCUUUGGUGGUCUGAACAGUGAAGACAUGGUCAGCGAGUCUGUCACCAACUAG